CUUGUGCGCGCCGCCAAGCACAGCAGAAUUGCUUUCCGCAGAUGCCUCUUUCCCUCCUCCUCGGGCUCGAGUUCUCGUCUUUUCCGUGCCAUCCUGCUUUGUCCCAGCGACUUUGGCCCGAGCUUUUUUGGCUCAAGCUUUGAGGUUAAGUAUCGCCAUUGAUUUAACGCAUCCGCUUCGGACUUCGCCUCGGUGCUUCGACCUUCGAAGCUACUCUCGAAGCGACCAUCAAGGAGUCUCUAAGGACAAGCCAGUGGGUCGCAGCGCUGGAUUCGUUGCGCCAUGCGUCUCAACUACGAUUGGAAAUCGGGCCAGGCCAGUACAUUGCAUCUGUCAGAGAAUGCGGGAAAUCCAGGACCUGGCAACGGGCGUUGUGGCUUCUCGUCGAGAUGGUUGAAACGAACGUGGAGGCCAAUGUCAUUAGCUACAGUGCGGGGAUCAGUGCGUGCGAGAAAGGCAAGGAGUGGAAGCACGCUCUUUCAUUACUCAGCGAGAUGUGGGAGAUGACGGUGAGGCCCGACAUUGUGAGCUACAGCGCUGGGGUCAGCGCGUGCGGCACAUGCCAGCAGUGGCAGCAGGCUCUGUUGUUGUUCAGCGAGGUGAGGGAGGCGGCUUUGGAGCUUGACGUCACCAUCUACAGCGCUGGGAUCAGUGCGUUCGAAAAAGGCGAGCAGUGGUGCCGGGCCCUAUUCUUGCUCGGCGAGAUGUGGGAGGCGAAACUGGAGCCCAAUGUCAUCAGCUAUAGCGCUGGGAUCAGCGCGUGCGAGAAAGGCAAACACUGGCAGCAGGCUCUGUUCUUGCUCGGCGAGAUGAGGGAGGCGACGUUGAAGCCUAACGUCAUCAGCUUCAGCGCCGGCAUCAGCGCGUGCGGGAAAGGCGCUCAGUGGCAACAGGCUCUCUCGUUGCUGAGGCAGGUUCAGGAGGCGAACUUGAAGCCCGACGUCAUCAGCUACAAUGCGUUGGCCAGCGCGUGCGAGAAGGGCGACCAGUGGCGACACGCUCUGUAUCUAUUCAGCGAGAUGUUGGAGGCGAACGUGGAUCCCGACGUUGUAAGCUACAGCGCUGGGAUCAGCGCGUGUGGAAAAGGCGAGCAGUGGCAACAGGCUUUGUCGCUGUUCAGCGAGAUGCGAGAUGCGAAAUUGGAGCCUGAUGCCACCAUUUACAGCUCUGGGAUCAGCGCGUACGGGAAAAUCGAGCAGUGGCAACAUGCGCUGUCGUUGUUCAACGAGGUGCGGGAGGUUAAGUUGGAGCACGAUGCAACCAGCUUCAGCUCUGGGAUCAGCGCGUGCGAGAAAGGCAGGAAAUGGCAGCACGCUCUGUCGAUUCUAAACAGUAUGUCGGAGGCGAAGGUGGAGCCAACGGUCAUCGGUUGCAGCGCUGGGGUCAGCGCGUGCGGGAAAUGCGAGCAGUGGCAGCAGGCUCUGUCGCUGUACAACGAGAUGCUGGAGGUGACGUUGAAGCCCGACGUCAUCAGCUACUGCUCUAUGAUCGGCGCGUGCGAGAAGGGCAGGCAGUGGCAGCUCACUCUGUCAUUGCUAAGCGAGAUGUGGGAGACUAAGUUAGAGCCCGACGUCACCGUCCUCUACAGUAAUGGGAUCAGCGCGUGCGGGAAUGGCGAGCAGUGGCAGCAGGCUCUUUCGCUGUUCAACGAGAUUCGAGAGGUGGAGGUUGAGGCGGACGUCAUCAGCUGCAACGCUGUGAUAACUUCCUGCUGCAGCGGGGAGCAGUGGCAGCACGCCUUGUCGCUGCUCCACCAGAUGGGGGAGGCGAAGUUAAAGCCCGACAUCACCGUCACCAUAGCCGUCGUCUAUAUCAUCAGCAUCUCUCAGCUGGCUCGUACCGUCGCCAAGAAGAGGGAGAGCGCCCGUGCUCUCUUAACCAAAGCGUGGCCACCGAGUGGCGAGUGGAUCAUUAACAUCUCUCAGCCAGUGGAAGUUUUGCACGAACUCGCUGUGGGUGACUAUCUGUUCGAGUGCAGCCACGCCCUCCGCUCUCUCUUCGGCGGGGUGUCCAGGGCAAAAUCGUGUUCUGAGAGCGCGUCCGUCCGACUUGACGCUGGUUCGUGAUCGGCAACGCUGAUCCUUUUCUCAUUCGUUCCUCCUUCCGUGCCCCCGGCUCCUCAGGCCAGCGCCCGCGCUGGCCCCUCCGUCGUGUGCCCCUGCCCUGGUUUGCCCUCCGCCUUUGCGUUCGCUCGCGCUCACGCGGUCGCAGGCAUCGGUCCACAAGUCAGCUACUUCGCUGUGGCCAGUGCGUGCGAGAAAGGCGAGCAUUGGCAGUGGGCCGUGGCCAUGCUCGGCGAGAUGCGGAAGGCGAGGCUGGAGCUCAACGCCGUCAGCUUCAGCGCCGGCGCCGGCGCGUGCGAGAAAGCCAACUGCGUUAAUUGUGUCCUUCUCGGCGGGCACUGGCUCCGACCUGCGGUCUGAGACCCGCGCAUCAACGCUCCGCGCUGAGGAGAACGGCGAGGAGGAGGGGGAUGAGGAUGAUGAGGAUCUGGGUUUUAUCCUUGCUCUCCUCACUACUGGCCUCACGUCACUCUUGCUGCGUGCCACCAGUUUUUGAUUUGCCAGAGGCUUUGCACAGGCUGGAUCUAAUCGUUCGUUGGAUGCGUCGGCCACCAGUAUCUGAGUCCGCGCAACGAAAAUAGUAGAAGAUGGAGUUUUGUUGAUGCCAACAAGAAGAAGAGACUUAUCAGCCUGAAGCAUAUCCA